ACAGAACAGACGCAAGCUGGCGUCACACAGAUUCUCCCGGACGUGCCGUUAGCUAAGCGUCUUCAACUCUUGCUAUAACCCUCUUGAUUUCAUUACUAUCGCGGUUGAUCCGGUUGUAAUUCAGAAGUAGGCGGGUAAUAAAUACGGACAGACACACUUGAACGUUGACUGUUAUUCUGAGAGUUUUACAGAGCUCUGUUUUUUAGGGCUUCAGGGUGAAUUUCAUGUGCUAGUUCGAGCUGAUCUUCAGUACAAACAGCAACCAUGGGCUCAAGAGCUUCAUCUCUACUCAGAGAAGAGGACAUUGAAGAAAUCAAAAAAGAAACUGGAUUCUCCCACAGUCAAAUCACUCGACUCUACAGCCGGUUUCACAGUCUUGACAAAGGAGAGAACGGAGCACUAAGCCGAGAAGACUUUCAGAGGAUUCCAGAGUUGGCUAUUAAUCCUCUUGGAGAUCGGAUAAUUAAUGCCUUCUUCCCAGAGGGUGAGGAUCAGGUUAACUUCAGGGGCUUCAUGAAGACUCUGGCUCAUUUUCGUCCUGUUGAGGACAAUGAAAAGAACAAAGAUGUGACUGCAGGCGAGCCGCUCAACAGCAGAACCAACAAACUCCUCUUCGCUUUCCAGUUAUACGACCUCGACAGAGAUGACAAGAUCUCCAGAGAUGAGCUGCUACAGGUGCUGAGAAUGAUGGUGGGAGUGAAUAUUUCAGAUGAGCAGCUCGGAAGUAUUGCAGACAGAACUAUCCAGGAAGCAGACACUAAUGGAGACAUGUGCAUCUCCUUUAAUGAGUUCACCAAGGUGUUGGAAAAGGUGGACGUUGAACAGAAGAUGAGCAUUCGCUUCCUGCAUUGAAGACCAAACGAGGUCUGAACUCUGAUUGGAGACCAUCCGUGUCAGUAUAAGCUAGACAUCCCCCUGAUUCUUCUCUCUUGUGUUUAUCUCUUGCUCUCAGCCUUGAGUUGCUGCGACCAUUAAAAGGGAGUAUCCGGGUGCCUUGGUUUUAUUUGUUUGUGUUUUUUUUUUUCUCAAAGUCACCGCAGUUUUUCUCUCAUAUGUUAAAAUUGUAUUUAUUCCAGUUGUAAAUGCAACUGCUUAUGACUUUCCAGAGGGGGAAGCUAUGGUUAAUAUUGAUGGACACUUUUCCAUCAAUACAAUUUUUCUCUUUUCACCAUAAUCACCAUCUUAAAGGCCAAAUAUGAUGCUUCUGUAAUAAAGGAAGUGUGUCCCUGAGUAUUCCCAAGAGGAAUCUGUGAAACAUUUUUCAAACUUACCCAAUGAAGAUGAUUUGUAUCUAAGCGGUUGUUUAAAUUGCAGUCAGACAUACCUCAACACUCACUGAUUUGUUCCAGAAAGGCUGGAGCCUGUGCACCAUUUUCUUUCUCAUAAUGAAUAUUGAUUGCAUGUCAAAUGGUGCGAAAAUGCUGAAUGCCUCUUAACUCAAAGUAGUCGAUUUUCAGAUUUAAUGUCAACAAAUGGAAGAGAAAACAGGUCAGUUGAGUAUUUAAGACAGUGAGCAAAUAUCUCAAGCCUAUCUAUGAAAAGUAAUUUUUAAAGGAGUUCUGAUUUAUGUCGCUAGUAGCACAGAAACUACACUCUUCAUUUUUAAGAUAUACCUGCAUUUGGUCCAAACAAUUGCUCUGUGUCGUGCGCAAUCUGUUCUUUUAGUCUUUGCUCUAUUUGCACAAAAUCAAAUCGUUGUGUGUCCAUGUCCUCUGUUACUACGGAUUUAAACACUGUUGAUGAUUUGAUCAUGUGAUGCUAUGAUCUAAGUUUGAUGCUAAAUCCAUGGUCUAAAUUCACAGGUACUUGAAAUAUAGUUCUGCAGCGCUUGCGAAUUUUUGCUUUUGUGUACAGAUUUCUAAAGUUUGAAACGUGUGAGAUUUUCAGCAUCCUGGGCUGACGAUUGAGAGAAAAAUAAUAUAACUUCUCGACGUGAUUUAAUAAUCAUAUCGUACACUUGAGAUGUGAACUCUAUGAUGUGUAUGGUUUUGAUUAAAAUAAAAACAAGUGCUAUCAUUU